ACACUAUAUAUAAGGCCCUCGGUUUUCCGCGAUUCCGCAAAAUUUCUCGGAAUCCAGAAUUCAUUGCGGAAUACGUUGUUUGGCACACAAUUUCAGAGAAUCUCUUAUGUUAUCUCUUAUUUCUUGUUUCUCAUCUUCUAUUUAUCUAUCUAUUUCUUAUUUCUUAUCUUCUUAUCUUAUUCUUAUCUCUUAUGUGGCUCAAAAUUUUGCGGCGUUUUGCGCGGAAUUUUGCAGAAGCCAGAUUCGGUCGAAAGACGUGAUUGGUGCGAUGUGGACCGUUACUACGACGUACAGCGUCUCUGGAGAAGUGUUGCACGCUCACGCAAAAGAACGUCAGAUAAACGCGCAUGCUCUGCACUCUCCUAACUGCCUCAAGGUACAUGUGACCCUUCGACAUACCGUAUUUACUCGCAUAAUUUGUGCACCUCUAGUUCAGCACUAAAAGUGACAAGAAAACAAAAAAUCGCGUAACAUGCGCACCCGAGUUUUCGCGUGCGGAUAUUUGGCACGUGCGUCUCGGCAACCGUGGCAAUUGCCUUUCGCAACGCCGUCAGUGCUACUGAUGUUAUUGCGGUGCUUUUAUUUGAUUUGCGCGCACUUUCAGGUGAUGGUUCACUGACGUGAUGGACGAUACUGUUACUCGAGCUACAAAACGCGGAAUGAAAUGCUAGACAAACCUUACAGCACAACAUGACAAAGGUGGUGAACAUAGCGUGCUUUCGGUUGUCAAGUGCGAUUAGCUACGGCUCGGCGAAUUUCACCGGUAUAUGAGCAGUAGCGGGCCAGCAUUUUGCCUCUCGAUCGUCAGCAGUUGUGCGGUACUUGGGAACUUCUUUUGCGCUUGCGCAAUGCACUGAUAAUGUCAGUAUCGGCUCUACUGAGAGCAUAUGUGACCGGCAUACUACAAUUUUGGAAUUUUGCGUCGUUUAAAUAUCGUAACGAAUGUUCCUGCGCAAUUUGCGCACCCCCAACUUUUCCGACUUUUUUUUUUUUGUUUUAGAAAAACUGCGCAAAUUAUGCUAGUAAAUAUGGUACAUAGUUGGGUUUUGGAACGGAAUGAGGGUGCUUGCUCAGAAUUUAGCAUCUAUUGCGUUCAAGUAUUUGUCAGUUCCUAUAAACUCUGAAAGAUUUUCAGCAGGUAUAAAAUGACUGUAGGCUACAGACGGUACUCGCUGUUAGAGGAGAACACAAAAUCUCACGUAAUGCUGAGCCCCAACAGUGCUUCGAAUCUCCGUUGGCUCCUUGCCGCGGAAAAUCACGGAAUAUACAAGUUGGCGCCGUGGAAUCUUGAAUUUGACGCAGCAGAAAACCGGGGUGUUAGGCACAGGAUGUGCGGCCAUCGUGUGUGUUGGGUACCUGGAAUAGACCAUGCGGGAAUUGCAACACAGGCACUUCUUGAAAGAGUGCAGCUUUCACCUGGUAGCAACUUCCGGGAUGCAAGAUCCAGGGACGAUCGAAUGAAGAUGGCUCACGAGUGGCGCAAACAGAAGCAAAACAAUAUUGAGAAGCAGUUAAAACGGCUCGGUGGUUCAUUAGACUUCAGUAGGACAAGGUUCACAAUGGACGAGAAGAUGACUGCAGCAGUAAAAGAAGCUUUUGUACGCUUGUUUGACAAGGGGUUCAUCUACAGAGAUAAGAAGAUUGUAAACUGGUCCUACAGCUUGAGGACUACUAUAUCAGAUAUGGAGGUUAAACACGUGGACAUUCCUCCUGGUGGAGACAUAGCAGUUCCUGAUUGCACACACAAAAUUGAAGUUGGAUACCUGGAACGCAUUCUCUAUCCUGUUGACAACACAGAGGUGGAGGUGUGCACAACUCGGCUGGAAAGCAUAUUGGCUGAUACAGCAUUGGCAGUGCAUCCUCAAGAUAGUCGUUACACAUGUCUUGUUGGGCGGGUGGCUGUGCAUCCUAUAACAGGGAGACGGCUUCCCAUUAUAGCUGACUCUGCUGUCGACAGAGACUUUGGCACAGGAGUGCUGAAGCUGACCCCAGGGCACUGCAAGUUAGACAACGUGUUAGCUCAAAAACACAACAUACCUGUUGUGGAGUGUUUCGACGAGAAUGGACGUGUAAUGCAAAACUUUUCUGACUUUGCGAAGUCAACUAGAUGGGAAGCACGGGAGAUGUUGCGUUCUCGGUUGUCAGAUCUUGGGUUUUAUCGUGGUCGCCAAGCACACGGCCUGACUUUGCCAGUAUGUUCCCGCUCUGGAGAUAUACUGGAUUCGAGGUUACACCCACAGUUUUUCCUACGCUGCUCGCAUAUGGCUCAGAGGGCACUUGAGGCAGCAACAUCAGGAAGUCUAGAGUUUGUGCCAGAGUACUUCAAAAAAGUUUGGGUUGAAUGGUUGUCCCGACCGGAAGAUUGGUGUAUUUCUCGGCAACUAUGGUGGGGACACCAGAUCCCAGCAUACAGGGUGCUGAAUUCUUUGGAAGAAAUGUGGGUGAGUGGUCGGGACAUAGACGAAGCCACAGCAAGAGCUGCCCAGCAGUUGGGCAUUGCAGAAAAAGAGGUGUGCUUAGAACAGGAUAAGGAUGUCCUGGACACGUGGUUUUCCUCAGCAUUGUUUCCCUUUUCCGUAUUUGGCUGGCCAGAACAGACAGAGUCUCUCAGGGCCUACUACCCACUGUCACUCAUGGAAACUGGACAUGACAUUCUUUUUUUCUGGGUUGCUCAUAUGGUCAUGCUAGGACACGAGCUUACAGGACAGCUGCCAUUUCGGAAGAUUUUGCUACAUGGUCUUAUUCGAGACUCACAAGGUCGCAAGAUGUCAAAGUCUCUUGGUAAUGUGAUCGAUCCACUUCACGUCAUUGAAGGUGCUCCUCUCAAGGAGCUACACGAAAUCUGUGAAAAGAUGGAAGAGCAGGGAUACCUCACAAAGGAUGAGUUGUACAGCGCCAUACAGUGCCAGAGGAAAAUGUUUCCUCAAGGAAUCCCCCAGUGUGGGGCAGACAGCUUACGCAUGGCAUUGCUCUCCAGAGGAGUCAAAGCCGAGAAUAUUGCAUUCAGCAUCAACGAUGCAGUUCGUCAUCUUCGCUUCUGCAACAAAGUGUGGCAAGCAGUGCGUUUUUUCCUUUCGGCAGCAGAGAAAUUUUCAGAAGCUUCAGAAGGAACGCUAAUAUUCGAUAUUGGAAAUAUAUCUCAGGUGAACCUGAGCACCAUUGACCGUUGGAUUCUGAGCUGCCUCGCGUACACGGUCGGGUCCUGUAACGAGCACCUAGAACAUGGGGAUCUCCACCAGUAUGUUUCUUCUGCUCAACAAUUCUUCGUGCAGAAGUUCUGUGACGUGUACUUGGAGUCUGUGAAGCCAACAGUGUGGAGCAGCGAUAGGAAGCAUUUAAUUCCCACGUGCAACGUGAUGGCAAUUGUAGUGCAAACAGCCAUACGGCUUCUGGCACCUGUCACGCCACACUUGGCGGAAGAGCUGCAUCAGCGUCUGGCCGUGCGGUUCCGUGUUUUGCAUCCGCAGAGUAUUUGCGUAACUCCCUACCCCGAACCACAGCAGUGGCAACAGUGGAAGAAUGCAGAGUUGGUGCACGACGUGGCAAGAGUUCUCGAGGUUGUAUCGUCCCUUCGGAGUGUAAAAAAAUCGUGUGGAGUAAACAGACCCACUGCAUAUGUGGUGGUCAAAGAAGAUGGAGACAAAGCAAAAUUGGAAGAACUGUCACCCACAGUGCAGCACCUAUCUUGGAUGGGAGACUUGCAGGUGGUUGCAUACCCUGAUUGGAAUGGUCCACCAGCAGAGGGAACCUGGUCCCCAGCUACAGUGAAUUCUUCAAUUGACAUUUAUGUUGAAACAGACAUUGCCAAGCUGCGAGAAGUCACAUCAGAGCGCAUACGAAGGCUUGCAGCGAAGCUACACAAACUAGAAGCUAAGGUAUCUAAUCAGCAGUACAUCAAACGGAUGUCAAAAGUAGAAAAGGAAAAGCAUGAGCAGGAGAUGUCCGAGCUGAGACUCGAACUCGAGAAGCUACAGGGUCAGAAACUUGAAAUGCAAGGUGGACAUAAUUUAAUUUGCACGUUGUACAGCCCUUUACAGUAACAUGUAUGUAGAAUAGGUUAUUUCAAUUGGUGUAGUAAAAAUCAUAUGCUCAAGGUUA